CGCGCGGGGCAUGAAUGCAUUCGUUUGUGUGUUUUAUUUGGUUCAAAUUGUUUUUCUUUUGUGAGUUCUGCGACUUUGUAAAGGAAUUUUUGGAAGGAGGUGAAGAGAGAUGAGACUUAUUUGAAAGACUGCUAAAAAAAGGGAUUCCAAGUGCCACAAACAUGAGUGGUACGGUUGACAGAAGACGCGACACCAACGGUGAAUUGGUUAUCGACAAUGUCCUCAGCACACAACCCGAAUUAGGACCCAGUAUUCCCGACGGCGGUUAUGGGUGGUUCGUGUUUUUCAUAACUUUGUUUUUUCAGCUCAUGAUACCUAGUCUGUUAGUAAGCUUCGGAUUAUUUUUGGCAUUUUCCCGAAUGAAAUCCGACAUAAUUGAAAGUAAAGAUCCAAAAUUAUGGGACCAUCAACUUCUACACGUGCCUUUGUUUUUUGUUGCUAGUUGGACGUUUUUUGAUCCAACGAGUCGAAAAUUUAUUUCCCAAAGCACUUGGCCAAAACUGUUUGCUACAGCUGGCACUUGCCUCAUAUGCUCGGGUUUACUUUUCCUGUGGAUGGGCAUGACUGGAGCCAACGAAACGUGGCUCUACAUUUUAGCCGGCGUCGUAGCAGGUAUUGGAGCCUCUAUCCAGAUGGCUCAGUGCGAAAUCCUUCUAUCCCAAUAUUUUAGAUUGAAACUUCCCAUUUUAACGCAUUUGGGCCACGCUGUAGCAGCUCUGGGCUUCAUUUCAGCUCCGAUAAUUAUCGGACAUCAUAUUUUGGUACAGAGUGAAACUCAAGUAAUAUUGUGGUACCAAGCGAUUAUUUUACAGGGUUUAGUUUUGAAUUUGUUUUUGAGAAAACCGCUCUACCUUAAAUCGAAGCAUCGUGAUAGAUAUAAUUAUAUUACGACCAAUCCCGAUGAUGAAGAAGAUAUAUUUUCAAAAAACACACGAGAACUACAAAUAAGAGUCCAAAAUGGUAACGGCGUACAAAUACAAACCCAUGAACUAGCUACAAAUAGUGAUACAAGUACAGGUGCAGCGCAAGCGACAACUUCAAAUCAAGAACCGUCAGCCCUAAAAAAUGACAAAAAUUGGGUUCGUUUUGAAGAAGAUGAGGAUGAAGAAGAAACUACCAAAUAUGAAAAAGUACAACAGUGGGAUGAGAAAACCGAACAGGAAGAAGCAAAAACAAUAGAGGAUGCGACGACCAAGAAAACUGAUUCAAACCAAUGGGAAACGUUCGAGGACGACCUAGAGAGUCCAACAGGAAAAAACAGCACUCGUAAUUCGAGAAAUUUGCAUUUGGAAAUGUCUUUUGGUGAUGUCAAUGAGAGAAAUGAAAGGCCUUCGACAAGAACUAUCACUGGAUUCCCAAUUCCUUUAUUUUCGGAUACACCAGUGAACAAUAACAACACCUAUUCCUAUGAUGCUCUGGAGGCCCAACCAGAAACGCCUCAAGCACAUUCGGGCGUUUUCAUGCCGACAACAAUCGAAGCCAACCCGAUUUCAGCUUUCUCCAGAAGUUCCAUAGAGCUACUUCAGCAACCUACAUUUUACAAAUCUUUAUUAACCGUCAUGACCACCAAAUGGUCGUUGUUCGUUUUCUUUGGAUUGUAUCCAAGUUUUUUGUUCCAGGAAGUGAGCGACAUAAAAUUGAGACAUCUUUCAAAUUUGAUUGGCACCAUAUCUUUGGCCAGCUUGAUAUUUUCAGGCGCCGCUUUUUGGAUUAACAUAGAAAAAAGGUGGCGAGCUAAAAUUAUUUGGUUCUUGAGCUGGUUGGGGGCCUUAGGAUAUUUCAUGAUUUCGGACUAUUUUAGUGAAGGUGUUCUUCUAUUUGGUGCUGUCCAAAUUGUACUGAGUAUUGCUGCCUUACAGCACGUCGGUACUCCUUUGUUGGGUUUGACAGUUAAAGGAGAGGCGACCAAAGAGUACUCGUUAAUAUGUAUUUUGACUGGAUUCUCGUUUUUGUUUUUUGUUAUUUUAAAUGGCAGCUUUAAACAAAUCUUUCGACUGAUGGCGCUACUGAAGUUCUUCACGGGCAGCAUGUGGUUGGCCAAUUAUAUAUAUAAAAGAUUGCGAUAGAAAUUAAGUUUUAAACAAAUAAAUAAGAAAAUAGGCAUCAGUAUUCUACUUUCAUAUUUAUUGUAAAAGUAGUCAAUUUACCUUUUUGUUUUGAAAUUGUAUUUACUUGUUUAGUAUUAUCUUAAUGUGUAUUAAAAAUUU